AUGCCCAGGCGUCACCCCAAGCCCGGGGCCCAGUGGGUGGCGCCCAAGGGGUUCCCGGACGAGGGCGACGGCGCCAGCCGCAGGAGACCCCCGCUGCUGCCCAGGCUGCCUCCGCCCGAGCUGCGAGCAUCUUGGGGCGCGGACGGCUUAGGGGGUUCGAGGGCCUCGGGGGGCGGCGCAGGGUGGUGGCAGACCCCCCGGGGCCAGGCCUCGCCCGCGGCGCCUGGGGAGGGCGUCAGGAGCCCCCCGCCGCGCCUGCCCGCCCUGCCCACCGUGGCCCCGCGGGCGGCGCAGGACCGGACAGGGCUGAGGUCGCUGCUGCUGCCACCCCUGCUCCUGGCCCGCGCGGCCCGGGCACCGGCGCCCCCGCGCCCCGAGCCUCGAGAGUGCGAGGACCCCCGGAGGGGCCCGGCCAAGGAGGCCGCGGACUCCUUGGGCGCCCUCCUAGGAGAGUUCCUCCCCAGCAGGUUCCGGGAGUUCCUACGCCAGCUGGGCGUGGAGCGUGCGGAGCAGCCGCGGCCGCGGACAUCCUCAGGAGCGCAACACCAAAGGAGUGUGUCAGAGCGCUGCCAGAGGUGUCCUUGCUGUCCCAGAGCCUCCUUCCUCCCAGACCUGCAGGGCAAGUCAUCGUUCAUCCGGAACAGUCUUAAGAAGAUUUUGCUCCAUCAGAUACCUGCCCUGGGGACCUCGAAGAGAGACCACUCACAAUUCACUACGAUCAAGAAGGCCAGCCACUCCUCGGAGGAAGGCUCAGGGCACUGCAGGCGGUGCUCUCCGUUCCGAGUGCGGUUCGCUGACGAGACCCUGCGGGACACAGCACUCCGCUACUGGGAGCGCAGCUGUGCGGUCCAGCAGGGCAGCCUCAAGAACGGGACGGCCACCCGGUCGUUGGCAUCAGAGCGGGCGUUCGGGAGCCUGGGGAGAUGGCUGGAGAAUCUGCCCAAAGACCUGUACUCCAGCGCCAAGGCGGAGGCCGUGGCCGGCUCCCCAUUCAGCUGGAACUACCCCUGCCGGUGCACCCAGGAGCCGCAGGGCCACCUCUCUGAGGACGCCUCCAUGAAGAGCAGGCUGCCCGUCAUCCCCAGGGCCACCACCCAGAGGCAGCAGGGGGACCUCAAAACCUUCCCAGACACCCACAGAAUCCUGGAGCAAGUGGGCAAAUCGCCCUGCUCCUGGAGCCAGAAGCUGGAGUCCUUCCUGCCCAGCUUGGUGCUGCACACGGUCCUGAGGCAAGACUGCCCUAAGGGGUACUAGCUCCUCCUGCCCUCUGCAACCUCGCAGCGGGCUCAGCGGUGAAUGGCCACCGGAGCCCAAGCCCAGGCCUGGACACGGCCCAGGGGUGAGGGGAGGCCUUCCCUGCCCCACAAAUAAACGCACAGCCCAGGC